GAAUGCCUGACUCUAUUACAGCAAACCAUGCAUCAAGUGGGCCAGCAUCAUAACAGGACACUGUCAUCAGAAGGUAUCCUGGGAUGGCCUGGGCCCAAGUCGCACUCCACAGAGCAACUGAAAAACGGUGCCCUCAGCUCCUUAUCAUCUGCUAGCGCCAACAUUACAUGGGCAAUAGUACCAUCUGCAGCCCAGGAUGGACAGGCACUACAACCAAAUACAGAGGGCAGUUCUGAAGCAUCGACUCUUUGAGGAGGCUCACAGCUGCGUAUCAGGCAUCUCAUGCACUGAAAGUCUCUCACCAUGCCAAACUUCUCCAGCUUCUACUGUCUGCUUCGUUUACCAGUGCUGCCCACCAGGAAAACACUUCACUCUGAGACCCCACAGAUUGUAGGGCACGUGGAGCACGUGAGACCUGGAGAACUGGGAAGAAGUUUUUGAGAGAGUUGAAGAAAUCCUUUUCUGCUAGUGAAUGCUCUUUGGCAAUUGGAAUGGCUUAAAUUAAAUUAUAUUGCCUUUAACAAAAUGUGUAAUGGCUGGGGACAUCAAUAAAGCUGUUUGUUUUU